CUUGCCUGUGUGUGCAUGCAUGACCAGUGGUUUGACGUUAAAGCGACCAAUCAGAUUACGUUGACUCGGUGAGUCUUUCGUUUGAGAUCAAGUGCAUGGUUAUUUUGUUCAGACCGUCAUUCACAAAGUUGCGUCAAGAAUGAGCGUGAUUGUUGCGGCGUUCUGUCUGUUAUACACAUUACUUCCUUGUGUUCAAAUGGUGACAUUGGAAGAAGGAUUGGAAAAUCCAUCGAAAUACAUUAAAUACGACACCAGCACCUUCAACAUUGGCAUGCACGCUGGUUUGUCAUUACUGAUCACCUACUGUAUACUCGCGUCGGUCAUCUCUUUCAUCGUUAUUGUGUCAAGGGCCUUGGGAUACAAGAAAAAGAAAAAAGCAGCAUAACCACCGGAACAGGAUUAACUUGGACAAAUCUUAUCCCCUCGGUCCUAUUCGUGUCUGCCCAACGAGCUGUGCUAGUUAUUCCCUAUCUCCCCAAUGCUCAAACGUUGUGACUAAAUGACUAGAUCCACAUUACAUGGAAUUGUUACUUUGUGUACUUCAUUCGGUAGCUGAGGUGCAUCUCAUUCUGUCCAUGAAAAACUUUUUACGAGUAGCAACCAUGCGUCUUCAGUGUAGAGUCGAAGUAAACCUUUGUCGGAGGUACAUCGCGAAUAACCUAAACAGUGCAAAGGACCUAUUGAACCGUUGGCUCAGUUGUAUGCAGCUUUAACUUGUCUGAACUUAAUUGGCUGCAACGGACAUGAGAAUAUAUUCCGCGCCGAGUGGUAGAAUGUACUUGACCUUCCCUUCAAAAAGUUGCUUUGUAUCAAGCCGAAAUAAAGAAAACGGCUCUUUGC